UUUAUCCAUUGGAUUUAGUUUUCAAAGAAAAGAAAGAUGAGGAAGUGCGAACUAUGCGGUGAGUUAGCUCGAAUGCACUGCGAAUCGGACCAAGCGAACCUAUGUUGGGACUGCGACGUCAAGGUUCACGGAGCCAAUUUCCUUGUGGCUAAGCACACUCGAACCCUCCUCUGCCAUGUCUGUCAAAACCCUACUCCAUGGCUCGCCUCCGGUCAACACCUCAGCCCUGCUGUAUCCGUUUGCGAGUCAUGCGUCGCCAUCAACGAUAAUAUUUGUAGUGUUUCUACAGAGCCGGAAGAGUCAUCGGAGGCCGAUCACGAUGACGAAGAAGAUGAUUAUGACGACUUCGACGAAGAAGAAGAAGACGAGGAGGAGGAAGAAGAAGAAGAUGCAGAGAAUCAGGUGGUACCGUGGUCAGGAGGAUCUUCUUUCUCGAUGACGAAGUCGGUGGCUAGCUCGGAUUCUUUUAGUAGUACUGAAAACGGUGACGGUGGCGGCGCCGGCGCCGGUUUUGGAUUGAAGAGGACGAGAAGAAGUCUUAGUUUCUGCUCUGAAGAUGAGAUUGCGUGCUCCUCAUCUCAUGUAGGCUCGAGGGGAUCAUCCAAUAGAGAAUCAUCAUCAUCAAUGAGCAAUUUCACCACAAGAUUACUCGAAGCUAAUCAUUCAGCUAUUGAUCAAGAUGACGGUGAAACAGAGUCGAGAUCAACGGCUAUCAUCAGCUCUUUGAAAAGCCUCCAAAAUCACAUGAUCAUAGAUGAUAAUGAUGCAUCGGCUACGAUCAUUGGGAUCUGCAGGUUGAGCAGAGAUCAGAGCCGUUAAAUUCCACCUCCCUCCAAAUCUCUUAUUAUAUCCUAACCUACACCAUUCAAUUCUUCUUUUCCUUUUCUGGAAAAUGUUUCAAAUUUCUCGACAUAAAAGCCAUUGUUGUCUUCUUUUUUUAA